AUGUUACCUUACAAGAAAAAUAAAAAAUCACAUAAUAAACUCCGUUCUUCAUAUACUUCACGUGGAUACACAAAUAAUUCAAUUUAUAGUUAUAAGCAUUCCUUUGCUCACUAUUUACCACCAAUUGGUGUUUUUUGGGAUAUUGAAAAUUGUCAAGUAAGCUGGUUGUUUAAAUAAUACAACAAACAGUAAAAUUGUUAAAAUACCUAUAUAUGUAUAUGUAUAUAUAUUUAAUUAUAGAAAUAUUUUAGGUGCCCAAAGGUAGAUCUGCAGUGGCCGUAGCUCAGGCAAUAAGAGACAGAUUUUUUAUUGGUUAUCGAGAAGCAGAGUUUCUCGUCGUCUGUGAUGUUAAAAAAGAAAACUCGCAAGUUGUUCAAGAACUAAAUGAUGCUCAAGUAAAUUCAAUUCAAUAUUUUUAUUUAAUUAAAUUAGAUUAUUUAUGUUAUUAUUUUUAUAAGGUCAAUUUAGUUCAUGUAACGUCUGUGUGUAAAAAUGCAGCAGACGAGAAACUUCGCUUGUCAAUGAGAAGAUUUGCAGACUUACACGGUUCCCCUGCAGCUGUAGUUUUAGUUUCAGGCGAUGUGAAUUUUGCAUCUGACCUUUGUGAUAUUAGACAUAGGUAUUUAAUUAUAAUAAUUAUUAAUUUAAUUUACUUAGAAAUGAUUAUAAAAUAAUCAAAAUUUAUUUUCUAGAAAAAAAAUGCAUGUAAUAUUAUUGCAUAAUGAACUUUGUUCCGAAAGUCUUAUUUUGUGCGCCAAUGAACAUCAUAAUUAUACACAUAUAGUUGAAAUGUUACCAUUAAGAAAUGCUCUUCGAGUAAGUAUAAUUUAUCUAUACAACAUAGUUUUGUCACCAGUAUUAGUUCUAAAUAAUAACAAUGUUGAGGAAAAAUAAACAAUUUGGUUCUCAGUAAUAGUCCUACAAUAUAACUUUUCUGAGUUCAUCUAGUUGAGAUACAUAAUUAUUUAUAAAUCUUAAAUAAUUGGCUAAUUUUGACUUAAUGUCAAAAAAGUAUCAAUCAUUUAUCUAUUGAUUGAUAUUAUUUUCUGAACCUUUUAAUGUACACAAUUUGUUUUAAACAUUUUUGCCUAGCCAUUCUUGGAAGCAAUUGAUAUAUUGAUAUGCACACUAAUUCAAGUUAUUUGCUUUAAACUUUCUAUUUGUUUAUUCAUACUAUCAAUUUUAAUUUUAAUCUUUCAUUUUACAACUCUGAAAAAUAUAAAAAUAACUAAUUUACUUAAUGUAACAGUCAUAUUAUAAUAUACAUGUGUAAGUUAAAAAUGUAUUUUUAAUAAUAUGAAUGCAUUAUAUUUGUAUUUUCUAUACAAACAUUGUAUUUGUUCAAAACAGUAUGUUAAGAAUAGAGAUAACUUUAAUAAUUAUAAAUUAAUAUCAUUAUUAAUAAAAUAAAAAAUAUAUAAUAAUUAUAGUAUUUUAAUAAAAAUGUAUUAGUUAAAUAACAAAAUAUGAUGAUUUUGGGGGCCAUAUGAUAAUAAUAGAUUGUAAUGUGGUAGACCUGUCGACUCAUUUUGUCCAGAUCUUAAUCAUUUUACAAACUUGAUUUUAUAUGUUUUUAAAAUGCCCAAUUUCUGAUUUUAUACAAGUGAUAUAUAUGUUAAAUUUUCUAUACUGUAAAACUAGCGGCACAAAAUUGGUUCUAUAAAUGAAAAGUUGACAUUAUCCAAUUGUAAACAUUGGCUGUAAUAGGUAUGUUAAGAUUAAUGUCAUUAAAUUUAAAAUUGAACCAAUUUUGUGCUAUUUAAAUAUUAGAGUGUGAUGGCUUAUUAUCAAACUUAAAGGUAAGAACAUUAUUUGUGUUUUUAUGUGUUCAUUUUUUUUAUAUAUGUGAAAUUUUAAAUUUUUAUCUGGAUUUAUUGAUAUUUAAAUUGUAAUAUUUUAUAUGUUUGUAACUCACUUGAAAAUUUAAAUAUAUUAAAAAAACAAUGCACCAUUACAGACAAUGCCCUUACUUUUAAGCUUUUUAAUAAGCUAAUUCGCUAAUAUUAAAAAUAACAGCACAAAAUUAGUUUUAUAUACAAAAAGUAUAAAUAUAAAGGCAUUUACCGAUUUUAUAUUAUUAACUAUAACAUUAUAUAUAUUGUGUAUUAUUUAUUUAUUUAAAAAAUAAAAUGAUGAUAUUUCAUUAGGCCGAGCUGAUGGUUGAUAUUUAUUAUUUAAUCUCGUAGUUAUGUUGAGAUGUCGGUUGAGGUUUUUAUUACUUCCCGACUUAUCCUAUAACUGCCCAAUUGAUUAAUAAAUAUAAUUUCAUAUGAUCAACACUCUGAAGCGAUUUACCAUUAUCUGAUUAUAUAAAAACAUUUACCAUAGCACAAUUAUUAUUAUUAGUAGUACCUAGAAUGUUUGUUGAAGAUUUCUAUAAUAGAUUAUAAUAUUUAACAAUUUGUUCUUAAAUAUCGUGCUUUUGAUGAAAUUAACACAUGUUACAUUCAUAGUUUCAUAAUUUCAACUAAAAUCAACUUUCAUAAAUUAAUAUUAUUUAAUAAAUUAAUUUUUUUAUCUUGGGUAGAAAAUUCUCUUUCUAUUAAUGUGUUAUUUGACAAAUUAUUGUUUUUACUUAUUUGUUAUAAUUCAGAAUUCAUUGAUAAUGUUUUAUUUUUUUUUAAUAGUAAAAACAUUUACUGUUUAAUUGUUGAUAAUUUGUUUGAUAAAUUUUCAUUAUUGAUUCUAAUAAGGUUGAGCAAAAUUAUGUUUUAUACACACAGUGUACACAGCAUAAUAUUUAUUUUCAAAACUCUUAAUAAUAUCUAUUAUAAAUUAACGUUGUAAAUUAAAUAUAAAUUAUAUUAUAAUGAAAUUUAGAAUAAAAAUUAUAAGAAACAAUUUUCAAUUUUAUCAAUGGAUUGUAUAAAUUAAUAUUAUUUUACAAUAAUUAUUGUUUUUUAUUCCUUUAAUUUUUAAAACAUUCUGUAUAUUUCAUAGUUUUUUACAAAUAUUAAUAACUUAGUAAUGAUGUAGAGUUAUGCAUAAGUCAUAUAUCAAGUAGAAAAUGUUAUUCUAGUUGUACUGCAAGAUUAAAUAAUUUUUUAAUAAAAUGAGUACAUUAUACUAUGCCUAGGCAUUUUGGAGUUUUAAGUUAGGGUGGUAAUUAAAAAGAAAUAAAUGCAAUUUUAAAAACUUAAAGUUAAUAUAUAACGUUUUAAACUAUUAUAUAAUAUAUAUAUUUUUAAAUAGCCCAAAUGAGUGUGUUGAUUGAUUGCUAUUUCCACUAUUAAAUACUUUCUUACUAACCCUCCUAUCAUGUGCUCUUACCACAGACAUCAGACCUUCUUUUUGCCGUUAUAUAACGACAGGCCACAAUGUGGUCAAACCACAUCUUACCUCCUACCACCAUUUUACAAGUUUUAUUAAAUAGUACUUUCUAGAAAGCUCCAAUUUUGAUAUUUUCACCAUAUUGCACUUAAAAUAUUAUGGUUGUUAUGUAAAAAAAAAAAACUAUCAAUAUGAUUCUCAGUAAUAAUCUUUCAAUAUAACUACUUUGAGUUUGUAGAUAAUAUGACUGCUGAUAUUUAAUAUUUGUAGUUUAUAUCUUUUUAAUUUAAAAAAAAUCUGAUACUACUGAUAGGUGUAGUACUAUACUCCGAACUACGAGAGAAGUAAACCAUUUUGUGUCUGUAGACUGACGACUAUUAUACUGUUUCCCUCACUUUGUUCCAUUCAGUUAUGUGCUGUGAUGUGUAUACAUGUGCAUAAUUGGACCCGUUUUAAUUGGAACACGGUUAACUUCUCGUAUGGGCCAGAGUAUAAUGUCCUUGGAUAGAUAGGAUCUAUAGAAUAAUUUAAUUUAUAUUUGUAUGCAAAGUUAAAACUUUGAUAACAAAAAAUAAUUUUGAGUAGUGUUCGGUUAAUCCUGUUUUGAAAUACUGCAAUUUUUAUGAUUUUCAUAAAGACUUGAACGUAUCACAUUUAUUAAAAAAACUACUACAUUAUAGUAAACUUUACUUUUUGAUCACUAAGUACACUUUAUUUUCUAACAUUUUGGCUAGGGCAAAGUAUUUUUAUUUACAUAAAACCAAAAAUAAACUAUAACAUUUAAUGUCUAUAAAUGGGUAAAAAAGACAGAGUAAUUAAAAAAUUUAACUAUAACUAAAAAAAGCAAAUAUUAGUAUUAAGUAUUCAGUGAAUAUUAGUCAAUGAUUUUUUCUUGUCCAUAAAAUUACAACAAAAAGACAAAAACAAAAUUAAAAAAAUAUUAGAAAUUGCUAUAGUGUAUUAUUUUUUUUGUUUAAUAAAAAAUCAAUAACAUAUGCACAAAUAUGAAUAAUGUAUGAAAUAUGCACAAAUAUGCAUAUUUAAAUUUCAUAAUUGAUAUCAUGGCAACAAUAAAUUCAUGAUAUUUCGUACACAGUUAUAUUUUACAGUAAAUAACAAAAGUAUGAAAAUUCUAAAGGUCUGAAACCCAGUUUAUACUAUAUUAUUAGUAAAUGUAAUGAUUUUAAAUAAAUUUCCAUAAAUUUUUUAUUUCUAUGUUAUUGUUCAUAUAAUGUCCAUGUAGUGCUAACCAGCAGCUAAAUUCUGUCAGGUAACUUGGGUAAACAUAUAAUACUUUAUGAAACAUUUUAAAAAUCAGAAUAAGAGUAAGAGUUCAAACUCAUGAACCAUUUAUUAUAUUAUAUAGUAGGUACUAAAAUUGUCAGAAUAUUAUUCUGAAAUUUUUCCAUUAGAUCUUUAAAAGAUAAAAAUAUUUAAAAUUUCAAUUUAGUAGUAUUAUGUGCAGAUUUUAUUAUUUUUUCAUCUCGAUGGGCAAGAUAUAGAAUUAAAUAAUUAUUUGUAUGUUCUAUUAUGCUAUUCUAUUUAUAAAAUUAGAUCUGGACAUACCACUGUUAGAUUAGGUUUAGCUAAGCUAUGAUUGUGAUUUUAUAUAAACAUUAUCAUUUCUGGUUUUUAAAAAUUAGUUUUGUAAUAAAUACAUUUUUAAGUAAAAAUUGAAAUUUAUGAACAGAAUAAUUUUUAUUUUAUUAGCAAUGCGGAAAUACGCCUGUCGAAGUUAUUGUAUCCAAUUUACCAGUUGGCAUUGAUCCAGCAAAAAUUCGAAAUCGUUUAAAGAGAUUGUCAGAAAACUGUGGUGGUCGUGUUGGUGUAAUCAACAAUUGUUCAACAACAAUAAGGUUUCCUACCAAAGAAAUGGCUGCAAGGUAAAUAAUAAUAUAAGUAAUGAACUAAUAAAUAAUGAUAAAACAAAUUUAUACAGAUUAUCAGGCCUAUCAGUUUUAUCACAUGAAAUAUUUUCUUUUUAUUACUUGCACAAUAUUAUUAAAUUAUUUUUAUACAUUAUUUACGUACGGUAUUCCCUGUAUUUGAAUUCUAUUCACAUUGAACAUUCAAUAGUAUUUCUGGAGCAUUUCAGUUUCAUAGUUUCAUUGCAGUCUUGAUCUUAUUACUUCAUAGAGCUUUAAUUUAUUUGUAAAAUAAUUUAUAUUUUAUGUGCUAUUAAAUUAAUUAUUGUAUUUAUUUAAUUUUGUGAUUUAUAUUAUAUACCAUUUAUCUAUCAUUGUUUUAACAUUAUCUUGUAAUUUUUCAAAAAAAAAAAAAAAAAAAAAAUUGUAAUUUUAGAGCUCAAAAACGAAUGAAUAAGGAACGUGUAUUUAAUAGUCAAAUAGUUGUUAGUUUACCAUUUGCAGUAAAAGAAGAAUCAUCAUCUACUAGUUUUAUAAGUAUGUAUCAUAGUUUUAUAAACAAUGGUUUUUAUGUUGAUCUUAAUUUUAAAUACUUUACAUUUUAUAGGCAGACCUAUAGUGCAGACAAGAGAAGAAAACGUACAACAAAUUUCUACCAUUCAGUAUUCUUCAGCAAAUAAUAUGCAUUCGCGGUAUAAUAUUAAUCCCAUUACUCCUCCUGCCUCUUUUGAAAAUCAGACGUUUGGGUGAGUUUUAAAAAUUAAUUUUAUUUAUUUAAUUAUAAUUCACACAGUUCAUUUUUUUUUUUAGUUUGUAUGGUCAACAAAUUAAAGGUGGUUUUGGAAUGUCACAAAUGAAUACUAAUGUGGAUAAUUCCAUGAGGAACCAUAAUCCUUGGUUGACAACAAAUUCAGUUGGCAUGCAAACAUGGUUAAAUGGACCCCCAAUACCUUCAGUAAGUUUAUUAUUUCAUGCAAUUCAAUUAUAAAUAUUAGAAUAUACAAGUAAAUUAAUUGCAUAUUUCUAUGAAUAAUUCUAUUUUUGAGGUAUUUCAACAACAAUACCUAAUAGUUAGAAAUACCUGGUAAAUUAUAGAUCGUUGUUGUCUUAUGGAAAAAAAAAAAUUGUAAUACAUAAUGUAAUUAAUAUUUUUAAUAUUACCAUAAUAACUAAAUUAAAUGAUAAAAAAAGUUUUCAUCUUCUAGCUUAUUUUUCAAAGAAUGGUUUAAGUGUUUUUUGAAAUAAUAGGAUUAAUUACUGUUUUUUAAAAUUUUCAAAAUUAUUUAAUUAACAGUUUUUUUUAAUGCAAUUUUGAAGAAAAAAAAAAUAUACAUUGUCAUUUCCACUUGAAUUAUCUAUUUUAACUAUUUUAAACCAAUGGCAAAUCAUUAAAUUAAAAAAUAUUCUGGGUGAACUAUUGAGGAGUUUGUAAUUUAAAGUUAUUCGACUAUAAAUAUGCUUGUUAUAUUAAUUUCUUACUCCAUUGCUUGGCUAAGCUUUUAGUAGUGUUGUUGCAUUUAUUACAUAUUUUAGUGUACAUGUUACUGAAUUUAGAGUGCAUAUAAGUAUAUGUUUUGUUUGUUUGUUAUCAUAACACUUUUGUUUGGACAACACUCAGUCUUAAUCUUUUAAGAGUUCUUCGGGCACUCUAUUUUUUAUGAUAUUUGGGUGUUGGUUGUUUCAUUAGUCUUAUUUUCAAUUUAUUAGUUUGGUUCAAUGCUACCCAUCUUCAAUAUUAUGCAUAUUUUGUAGAUGUUCAGAGUUUUGUGGUUUAUUUCAAAAAGCUUUUCCUAGAUUUAAAUGCUUAGGACUAGUUGGUAUCUACGAAGUGAAGUUAGUAUCUCAUGUUUACCUUGAUAGUUUUUAGGUUAUCUAUUAUUACACUUCUGACAUCUGGGGUUAAACCAGCUAGCACUUGUAUCAAAGGUACCUUGUGUAGGUUCAGACAUCCAAUUAUUAAGCCACAUGUUUCUUUUUAGGAAACAUUUACUUUCUUUGUAUGGCACAAUUUAAAUUCCAUCCUAAGGAUACAUAUUCACUAAGUAAAUAGUGCCAGUGCUGUUCUUCUUAAUAAUAGAUGAUAAGGUCCCCUCAUUGUCCUUGCUAAUUUUCUUAAUAGAUUAUUCGGCGUUGCUAUUUUCAUUUUAAUGUUAUUAUAAUUGUCUUUAAAGAUCAAUGACCUUAAUAUCUUUAAUAUCAAGUUAAUAUUCUGUCCAUUGUCAUUCCUAAAUGUUUAGGUGAUAAUGUAUAUUUAAGGUUAAUAUUGUGUAUUGUGCCAUUGUAUUUUGAAGUAUUUUUGUACUUAAUGCAUUUUUUGUUAGGUUAGGUUUUAGUGAGUUUUGUGUAUAGUAUAUGUCUAGUUUCUCUAGUGCAUGAGUGGAGGGAUGUUUGUUUUAUCUUUUAUGUCACAGGUUUUUUCCCUUAUGCAGUAAUAUCUAAAUCAUUUGACUACAAGAAAUGGUUAGUAGUUAAUAGUUUUCAUUAUAGGUGGGUUAUUAGUAUACACAUUAAAUAAUAUUGAUACUAGAACAUUCGCUUGCAGAAGGCUAUUUUUAAAUUUCUAGAUAGAGAGAUUAAAGUACUAGUUAGUUCUUCAAUAUUAAUUGAAAUAACUGUUAGAGCUGGGUGGCCCUGAAAAGGAAUAUUUUGGAUAAGCAUACAUUUGUCUGGUAGUGUUAAAUGUACAAGUAUUAUUAUUCUAAUAAGAUAAAUAUUUGUAAUUCUAGAACGGUGCACGAGCUCCAAUUAAUUACAAUGGAAGACAGGUAUUAGGUACUGGAGAAAACCAGGAACAGUUAUCUGCUACAAAUCAAACUCAAAAGACAAAUACUCAAAUUCCUUGUAAUAUACCUUCUAUUAAUAAUAUUUUUUUUUGUGCAUUCGGACAAUCAUUUUGAAAUUAAUAAAAAUGUGUUUUAUAUUUGUCCCAGCGAAAGAAAAUGAAAAUUGGAUGCGUCAUGGUUAUCCGGCAUCAAUGAGUCAUGGUACACCUAUAACAAUUUUAAAAAGAGGGCCAAACAGUGGAACGUCACAAAUGGACACUCAAGUAAAAUUUUACAUUUAUAAUUUCAGUGAUUUUUCUAUUUAUCAAUUCUAUUUUGUUUAAUCAUUAAUUAAUUUUAGAUUGGACCAAGAUCCAGUUUGAUCAGUACAAAUGGUGCUCUCCCAUUUAUGAUGUUUGGUGUUAACACUUCAAUACCACCCCCUCCAAUUAUGAAUGUUCCUCGAAGAGCAAGUCCAUUGAAUUUAACAGAGAAUACUAUUCCUGAUGUAAGUUAUUUUCUUUUAAAUUUGUGUUAUAACAAUAUAAUAAACUAAGUCAAUAUAAUAUCGUUAUCAAUAUUUCUUCAGCGGUAUUUUCAUCCCAUAUCUCCAUCUUAUAAUAAUUUGACAACAAACCAGUUACCUGCAGUACUUAUGACUCAACAAAGUAAUCCGGUAGAUUUGCAUGUUACCAAUUUAGAUCAAAACAUUGAUUCUGUUGAGAUGAAAAAUUUAUUAUUUAAUACGUUCAGGGAACAUGUUAUGGUAUGAAUACUAAUUGUAUAAAAUAUCAAUAUACAAAGUUUAUCAUUCUAUAAAUCUGGGAAUAUAUAGGUGUUGCACGUGUCAGUGUUUUAUCAGUCAGAUGGUAACUUUGCAGCAGCUGUCCGAGUAUCUAGUCAACAAGAUGCUCAGUAUGCUAUUUCUAAGCUUCACAGACGCAAAAUUGGAUUCAAAAGAAUUAUGAUUGCUUAUGCUCAUUCUGGUUAUCCUCAAAAUCCCACGUUGCUUAGGUACAGGUUUAAUUAUAAUGUUACCAUUUUACAUUUGAUUUUAAUUUCGGAGACAUCGUAUAUAUAGAUCUCAAAUAGCUUAUAUACUGAUGGAAGUUCCGGGACAGCGUCUACCUUUAUUCAAAUUCCGUGAAAUGUUUGAAAAUCGUUACAUGACCUCUGUAUCUGUAUCAGAUCUUUAUAAAAUGAAGGACGUUUGUUUAAUUACUGAAGAACCAAAUCAUAGAAUUAUUAGUUUAAAUCCAGAACACCGUAAUACUCCAUCACCCCUUCUUCAGCCUUCUAUGCCUAUGUCUCAUUUAGUGAGUUUCAAUGUGUCAUAUAGACUUAAUGUGUUAUGUAUUAUUAAUUUGUUCUAUUAAAUGUAUUUAUUUAUUUUUAAUUAAUAAAUAUUAUUAAUAUCAAUAAUAUCUAACAUUUUAUUAUUAUAUUUAGGAUAAAAGUGAUGCAAUAUCAUACUGUCCAACUCAUGCAAAAAUAACAAAACCGACAGAUGAUAAAGGCUGGGCUGAAUUAGAAAUGCCAUCAUUACCAAAUGUCAAAGUUUCAUUAAAUGAGUUUUCUACACGUUUACAUUCAUUGUUAUCUACACAUAAUAAUUAUUUAAUUUUAGCCACGUAAAUAAGCCAAAAAUAAAAUAAUAUUUACUAUUUGAAGUUUAUAGUAUUACAAUAAUUUGCUUUUAGUAUUUGUGACUGCUAUGAAGCUACAUUUAAUGAGCCGAUAUAUAUAGAUGAGAAUGGAGUUCCUCUGGAACAUAUUGUGACUGCUGUACACGGUAUUGAACUUUUACAAAGUUGUAGCGCUGGUAUAAAAUAUCUAACAACAUCGUCAGCUUCUGAUAUUGGAAACAUGUCUACCAGGUCUUCUACUCAAGAAUCUGAUACUAAAUCGGAAGGUAAUACACUUUUAAUAAAUAAAAAUAUAAUGGUAAUUGUGAUUAUUAAUUAUGUCAAAAUAAAUUAAUCUUUCAGUCAGCGCAGGUGGAUUGAAAAGUAUUAGUCCACCGCUAGCAAAUAAUUUAGCUUUGUUGAGUCGUGAACUAGUUGAUUUAUUAAAAACUUGUACUCACUGUACUAUGUCAUUUAAUCGUUUUAUACCCGCUUAUCAUCACCAUUUUGGACGGCAGUGUCGGGUUGCAGAUUAUGGUUUUACCAAACUCAUCGAUCUACUGGAAGCACUACCUAAUAUUGUACAGGUAAUUAACUUUUGUAUUUAGUAUAACAACAUUUCCUAUUGUAAUAAUUAUUAUUAUUUUAGGUAUUUGGAGAAGGCAAUAAACGUUUUAUGACAUUGGCUCACAGAGCUCAAAUGCGUAGAUUUACUUCUGAUUUAUUGCGAGUCUUGAAAUCUGUAGCCAGUAAACAAGUACCCAUAGCUGAGUUUUCUACUCUUUUCGAAAAGACAUUAGGCCGUCCGUUUGAUCCUGUAGAUUAUGGACUUUGUUCUCUCGAAGAUUUAUUAUUUUUAGUAUCAGAAAAUACUGUUGUCAUAGGUCAUCUGGAUGGUAAAAAAUCAGUAGCGAUUCCUAAACGAGAACAAACCCCAGAUGAAAUCGAACGUACUAAAGCAUUUGCGGAUGAAGUGAGUUGAAGUCUAACUAAUAUGAUAAUAUUUUCCAUAAUUUAACUAGUUUUCUUUUGUUACUUUAAAAAAUUAAAAUAUCAAUAAUUUAUCUAGGUAAUAGAAUUAUUAAGUCAUGCUCCACAGUGUAGUUUAUUAUUUAACAAGUUCAUUCCAUCCUAUCAUCACCAUUUUGGUCAUCAAUGUAAAGUUGCUGAUUUUGGAUUCACAAAAUUAAUCGAAUUGUUUGAAGCUAUACCACAUAUUGUUAAGGUAUUACAAAGUUUUAAUAUAUUGUAGUGUUGGAGUGUCUUUUUUCAUGCAUGUAUUUAUGUAGACAUACAUAUAUCUAUAAAGCACAAUAAACUUUAUAAAGAUUUUUUUGUAUUUGGGGCAUAUUUUAUAAUAUUUUUAAAAUUGUUCAUGGGCAGUGAUAAUUAUUGGUAGUAAAGAGAAAGUAUUGAUUUGGUUUUUAAAUAAAUUUAAUAUUUUAUAUUCUUUUAUUUUUUUUUUAUUAAAUAUUACGGAUAAUGUACAAUUUCUCUAACCAGCCUUAUUUGGUGAUUUUGUUUGCCUUAUCCUUGGAUGACUUAUUAAUCUCUAACUGUUAACUGAUUGUGUUAAAACAUUAAUUUAAAUGUACAAUUAACAUUUGUAUUAUUACUUUUAAGCCACUCAUACUAGAUAAUUCACAUUACAAUAAUUUUAACGCAAUAUUAUUAUUACAUAAUCAAUUUAAAUCAUAAUUUAAAGAUAUCAUACAUUAGAUGGGUAUAGUUAUUUUAUAUUAGUUUCUAAUUUAAUGUAGUGAAAUUUUGAAUUGAACUUCUCAAAGUUUGCUUAUAGUUAUCUAAUUGUUUUAAGAGAGAUAAUGUUACAAAUGAUGUACACACUUACCACGACUGUUAUAAGUGAGAAGUUGGGAAGGUAGGAUUUAGAGGGGACUUUAAUUUAUAUCUGUAUGUAAAAAUAAACAAUUGCUUAUGAAAAACUAUUUGGUGCUAAGUUCAGUUUGAAAGGUUAAUUUAAGUUUUCUGUUUAAAUUUUAAAUCUUUACUAAUAUUUUGAACUGCAUUGCAUCAAAAAAAAAAAAAAAAAAUUGAAGAUAAACAUUUCGUAAACUUACCUGUUGUUCACAGAAUAAUAAUCUCUACGCUCUGAAUAUAAUAUAUAUAUAUAGUCAAAGGCAUAGGUAUUAUACAAUAUAUGUGAAGAUAAUAAGUGAAGUAAUAAUUUAUUAGUUGUUUUUAAAUCAAAUAUAUCUUAUGUAUAUAAAUAAUAAUUAUAUUUAAAUAAUAUUUAAAUCUAUAUGUUUAUAAUAAUAUGUGUGUUCAUUCAAAUAAUAAGCAUAAUUUGUUUUGAUUUAAUAUAACACACCUUAUAGUAGGUGAGGUUUUCCUUGCUUUAAAUUAAUUUAAAUUAAUUUUUUGUUAUUAUCAAAAUUAUGGAUAAUUGUAUUUAUUUAUUUUAUUAUCCAAUAAUUAUUGAUCUCUGGAACUACCCAAAAUAAUAUUAGGUAUUACUGGAAAUUGUGUGGUUUUUUCGUAUAAAAUUAUUAAGUUAAUAUUUAAUUUUAUGAAAUGUUAAUUUAGAUUGAAGAUGAUUUAGAAGGAGAACGUCGUGUUUCAUUGAAGACUGAAGUGAAACAGAAUGUUCUCGGUGAACAAUUGGCUGCCUUAGCUAUAUAUCCAAUACAAAUCAAUCAACUGCAAAAUGCUUUCUUAUGGCAAUACGGUUAUGCUCUUAAACCUUCCAUGUUUGAAUGUGACACGUUAAUGGAAUUGUUACAAAAACUCAAUGAUGCCGUUAAGGUAAGCUUGUUUAAAUUAAUAGAGUAAAGUGCAUAUUUUAAUUAUUUUUAAUUUAAAUUUUUGUUUGUAGGUAGUUGAUAGCCAUGGAGAGCUAUUUUUGGUUGCUGUAGACCGCAAAGAAGCUCAUAGGUUGUCCCUGAAAGUUCGACGUGUAUUGAUGGAACAUUCAUCUAGCGAUAAGAUAUCGUUUUUACAGUUCCAAUCCCUUUACCAAACAAUGUUCGGUGAAUCCAUCAAUAUUGAAACUAUUCAAGAUAAACUUUGUGAUACCGCAAAUGUAAUUAUUGGUUAAAAUGAUUAUUUUAAUUUAUUUUGUUUAUUAUAAAUUAUUAAUAUUGCAUUUAGAUUGUUAAAACUAAAUUUGGAGAAGAGUAUAUUCAAUUAACCACUCUACAAUUGUUUGCUAGAGAUAUAUAUCGUCUGCUUAUGAUGUCUGACGGUAAAUUGUUGUUAACAUCACUUGAAUCCGCCUAUCUACGUGCAUUUGGAACUGCUAUACAGCCAGCUGUUUAUGGAUAUCAAUCCGUCUUAGCGUUAUUGACUAGUAUUUCACAUACCGUUCUCAUAAAAGGCAAGCCUCCAAAACGGUUUAUUGUGCUGAAUAAAGAACUUGGCAGUAAGUUUUAUUAUAUAUUGGAUAAUUUAAAAACAAGUCUGAGAUAUUAUAUUGUUAAUACAUAUUAAUUUAUUAAAUUUUUAACAGGUGUAGGUAUUAGUUUACCGAAUAGUAUAAUGAAAUUACCCGCUUCUGAUUAUCGAAUAGAAAAUAAUUAUAGUAAAACCAUGAUAAAUUCAAUGAAUAACGGAGAUAGUUUCAGUGAUAAUACUAUAACGCCACUAGAUGAAAAUAAGGUAAUAAUGUUAAAAUACUUAAUACAUGUAGAACAACUGCAUUUUCUGUUUUAUUAUAAUUUAAAGUCAACUUAUAUAGAGUGUUAUUCAAAUGCUAAUAACUUUGUCAAUGUUCAUUUUUUUAUUUUUAUCCCUUAAUCAGUUGAAAUUUUUUUUUCAAAAUAGCCUAUUUGUAAAAUAUAUAUUAUUCUAAAAAUUUAAAUGUAUCAUAUAUUGAUAUCCGAUUAAUAAGUUUUUAGUUAUAGCAGCUUUAAUUUAUAGAAAAUAGGCUUUAAUACAAUAAAUAUUCAAUGGAAGAUAAAGAAUUAUCUUUUUGAUUAUGAUUCCUUAUUGUGUAACGUGUUAUUCUAUUUAUCCUAUUGAAAAUUAAUUAUUUUCACAUCAAUUUUCCAAAAAUUAAAAUUGUGUAAUUACUAAAAAACUGUUGAUCGAAUAUGUAAGUAUGGUACAUUAAAAUGAUAAAAAUAAUACAUUUUACAAAUUGGUUAUUUUAAAAGGUGAAAAAAAUAAAAAGUAAUUUUUUUCCAGUGAUUCAGGGAUGUAAUUAAAAUUUAAUAUUGCUUCAAUCCGAUUGAAAAAAAGAAAUUGUUUAAAUUAAUGAAUAUUGACAGUAGUUAUUAGCAUUCAAACAACACUGUAGAACACCUUGUUAUGUAAAUAUUUAGGAUUUAUAAAAAUUGUUUACUGAAUUUUAAACUGAUUGUUUUUACUUCAUCAGAAGGAUCUACAUUUUUGUGGAAUGGGUUUCAUAAUAUAAUAUAAUAAGUAUGUCAUAUGACAUAUGACAGUGCUUUUGAAUAUUGUGUGUCUUUUAGUUAUAAUUAUUAUAAAUAAUUUUCGCUUUCUAAAGUUUUAAAAAUGACCUUUUAAUUAUUAUAUUAAUAUGUUAAUAUCAUAAGUUUAAUAAUUUUUUGUUGAAAAUGAUGAUAACAGGCCGAGUCUGACUUAAUGUUUAAAAAAAAAAAAAUAGGAUUUACUAUUUAUCUGUUGGUUGAGAUUAUUUUCCCAACAUUGAAAAAAUAGUCAAUCCAUUUUAAACAUUUUUGCAUGAUCAUUCUCGGAAGCGAUUAAUAUACUGAUCAACUUAAAAAUAGUUAUUAUUUUGCACUAAAAUGUAUAUUAUUUGCAUUUUGCAGCAUGUACACUUCAAAUGACAACUAAUUUUAUUUUUAAGAAACUGUAUUAUGUAAACUUGACAAAUAUCAAAACAUAAAUAAAUAACAAUUGUAUUAUAUGGUUGUAAGUUUUAUAUUUAAUAUGAAUACAUAAUAUUUACAUAAAAGUUUUAUUUGAGUCAAAAUGACUAAUGUAAUAACUAAUAAUAGGGAUAAUUUUCAGAUAAAUUGAAUAUGUAUACAUUAAAUAUGAUGAUCUUGGGGGCCAUAUGAUAGAAAUUAGUUGUAAUGCGAUAGAUCUGUAGACUACAUUUGUCCGGAAUUUUGUUUUACAAACUUAUUUUUAUGUGUUUUUAAAAUGCCCAAAAUCUGAUUUUAUUCUAGUCAUAUUAUAUUAUUAUUUAUAUAUUGUUUAUGAUUUAUUUAUUUAAAAGUGAAAUGAUGAUAUUUCAUUAGGCCGAGCUGAUGAUAGAUACUUAUUAUUUACUCAUGCGUUGUUUGUCGAGAAGUCAGUUGAGAUUUUUAUCAUUUCCUGACUUCUUAUAGCAGCUGCUAAAUUAAUUAAUAAAUAUACUUUCAUGUGAUCAACACUCGGAAGCGAUUUAACACUAUCUGAAUUUUUAUAACUAUUAUUUUAACAGUUUUAACAUUAUGCAUCAUAUUUUUCUGUAAUUAAUAAAUAUUUUUCUUUAGACACCUGUUGUGAAACUUCCCGAUUUGAAGUUGCAUCCGAAUAUUUUCAACAUGAGUCCUAUGACAUUGAUCAAUAGUUCUUCGCCGCAAGCACCGCAUCCAUCGCAGGUACCUAUGCCUACUGAGUUGUGUCCGCCAUUUGGUGACAAAUACAAACACAACACUACAAUCAAUAAUAACCAUUAUAAUGAAAACCAAUAUUGCUGCCCAAUGAAUGGCAAUGGUGAUUCUUUAACUACUGAUGAUCAAGGUAUUUAAUAUUUUCAUAAACGUAUGUUUAUCUGGAUCAGUAAUUGAAAAUUAUUGUAUUUCUAGGUAAACAACAUUCGGUCCUUCAACUGAAUGAUCAUUUUCAUUCUUAA